AUGGACCCCGACCUCGAGACUACGUACUCAAAGCAUGUCAGCUUCCUUCCAGAAGCCCAGCGUGAGAGCGAUGGGUCGGAGCGCGAGGCCCUUACAGCCAUCGACCCGGCCGGGUUCCUCAUACGACACCCUCCAAAGCCACAUGAGCUCGACGUUGAGCUCACGGACGAAUCUCAGCUUUUCCAGACCAUCCACAUGGGCGCAGCGGUUGUGGACGAGGGCAAGUGGAAGCUGGUGGUAGACGGAAUCGUCGAGCGACCGUUUUGCGUAUCUCUUGCGCAGCUGAAAAGCAUGCCUUCUGCCACCAUCACCGCUUUUCAUGAAUGCUAUGGCAGCCCCAUUGCACCCCCGAUCCACGCGUUGUGGAGAAUUGGGAACAUCAAAUGGACUGGGGUCAAGCUUGCAGACAUACUCACACUAGCUAGACCAAGGCCCGAAGCAAGAUACGUGUGGUCGCAAGGACUGGAGUCUGGUUCCUUUGCCGGGGUUUCUGCUGACCGAUACGAAAAGGACCUUCCUCUGGAGAAAGCGCUAGGCUCUGAGGUCUUGAUCGCCUACGAAAUGAACAACGAGCCAUUGGAGAAAAACCGAGGCGGACCGGUAAGAAUGGUGGUGCCAGGAUACUUUGGCACGAAUAGCACAAAGUGGCUCUGCCGGCUCUCACUACAGGAUCACCGCGCUGUCGGGCCGUUCACCACUACAUUCUACAACGAGAUCGACCCGACUGAUCCGGAAGGACAAAGAAAGCGGCCUGUAUGGCUGGUUGAGCCCAAUUCCAUGAUUGUCAAGCCGGAGCCGGGGGCUGUGUUGCAAGGACCAGACGUGGACAUUCGAGGACGCGCUUGGGGCUGUGAGGAGAUCAGCCAGGUCGACGUCAGCACUGAUGGAGGCGAGCACUGGCUGCCCCAAUCAGCUGUUGCAUUGACACCACGGAGGGAAUUCGAAUGGCAGUCAUUCCAAGCAAAGGUAUCAAUUCCCAAGCCGGGGAAAUACAAAUUGACUGCAAAGGCCACAGACGAGGCUGGCAUCUCUCAGCCGAUGACGGGAAGAAGGAAUCAUGUGCAUACCGUAGAGAUUGAAGUUGUUUGA